CAUACUCAAGGCUUGGUACUCCCUCGUCUGGGGCGUGGCAGGGAUCCAACCGCUGCUGGUAUUGUGGCAUGUAUGGACAUUUUGCAAGGGCGUGCCCACGGCUUAUGCCCCUCCCAGCAGGUGGUCCUGGAAGAAACGGAGGCUUCCCUAGAAGAGGUGGAGGUGGACCCCUGGGUGGCCCACGACCAAGACCCUCUCAGUUUUAGGGGGGUCCCGAGGAUCCUGCGGGUAAAGGAAAAAGCGAACGAGCCAAAACCAGUCUCUGUGACAUCUGGUCCAGUGGUGCCCGGGGAUAAGGUGUACAUUAAGGAGUUUCGAAGAAAGUGGAACACUCCUAGACGCCAAGGUCCUUACACGGUGGUCCGCGCCACACCGACUUCGGUCCAGGUUGAGGGGAGCGUCGCUUGGCAUCAUCUGAACCAUUGUUCGUUGGCACCUACGACCAACAACUGCAAAACGGGCCCUGGGGACUGGUCGGACUGUACAGCGUUCUCAAAUGACCAGUCCCCCAAAAGGGGAAGUAUCGCCUCGCAUGCAUCUGACGAAGAUAGUCCUGUCAGGGCAGAUUCAGAGUUCCCGCCCGAUGAUGUUGUGGUUGACAUUCCUUUGGUUUCUUCUUCUGGGCGAGACAGGGAUCUCGGCAGGGACAAUUCAACCAAUCCGGACCCGAAGCAACAGUCACCACGUCGUCCCAUCACCAGGGCCUUCUCAAGGAAACAGAGGGGCAACUGCGCAACGAGGGAGCGACCUCAGUGACCAAGGGGAGUACGACUCACAUGCCAAAUGUCAUUAUCGGUCAGGUCUCUUGCCGGCGUGCACCCACACACAUCUAUACACUACCCGUGACUCAGUAUUUCAGACAGAUGUUGCCCUUUUGGCACAACAUAGGCGGAAAGUAAGAUCAAUUAAGGAACAAAAUGUAGAGGGGCAUAACAUUCCAGUGAAUCCUGGGAAGGAUGAUAAAAGCGGUGCUCAGGAAGGAGAGGUUUUGGGGUCCAGGCUAGAACCUCCGGACUCAGACUUAAGUGUUUAUGUUCCUACAGCUGCGCCGGCCAAGCAAUGGGGAGUUCACUUUGUAAAGGAGGGGCCCACUCCCCCUCUAGCUGUGGUUCCGGCCCUGGAGCCGGAUAAGGUUGGUCUUGAAGCAAUCAUUACUCCACGCCCACAGGCAGGAAUAGGUAACCAUCAGUCAGUACCAGGAGGACUGGGGUAUGAACACUUAGCACGUAUAACAUCCUUAAUGGUUGACCAGGUAUGGGCUGCUGCUUGGAACACACUGGAAGGUCUAUUGGAGAUUGGGAAGGUUGUAAGUUCUUACCAGACCACAGUUAACACCCCUGUUGUGAAUAAAGUUGAUUUUACACCUGAACCGCAGCCCACCGUGGUUACUGAUGGCCAACCAGACAGUGGGGUGGUUGAGUCAUUCACUCUUCCCCCUCUAGGGUUAGAUACGUUGGUAAAUAGUUAUCAUGAUAAAACAUUAGAGGGGGGGGAGGAUGUAAAGGGGCAACCGGAAGUACGAGGGUUUAGACCUAGUGAAGAUUACUUAUGGAAGGAAGCGAUGGCCAACACUUGGUAUCGCUGGGCUUGGCUGUCAGUAAAGGAAAUGACAUCGGAGGAAUGCAUAUGGUGCUCAAAGGCGCCUGGAGCCCCUCCGGUUGUUGUCCCAGAUAAGUACAACUCUUGGGAGUGUGCCCAGGAACAACGCCGGGUGUGUAAAGAGGAAGCGUUCAAGUCUACAACAACGAAUGCUUUCUUCGGGCUCCCGAUGUGUGGUAUGAAGUGUAGAUUACUUUAUGGGGCCCAGAGGAUGCAUGGUUAUUUGAAUAAAUAUAGGGGUUACAAAAUCCAGGAAUUGUGUGAACCUUACCAGGUGGCAAAUACCGCCAUGGCCCCUCCCACGGUUUACGAGGUGGACUAUAACGCCGCAUACGAGUGUUUUGCCAGCGGAGGAUUUCUCCAGCAAAAUGGGAUAAUGGUGGGGAAUACGACGGUAAGAUGUAAUGUCACAUGGGUAUUAUCAUGGUUCCCAGAGUCUGGUGUGUCUCCUCUCUUCAUAACAAAAGCAGUAUGGUUUGAAAACCCGGAGCCCCUACAUCAGGACUG